AUGGGCAAUGUGACUGGCGCACAGCGCAAGCACGUCGUCGACGAUGCGGAUCCGACCACGUGGCACCUAGAGCGCGUUGAGGCGAUCCGAACUCGGUACCUGGCAGGAAACUACGACUUCGGGGUGGAAAAGGAGCAGCUCCGUGAGAUCGUACAGCCAGUGCUGCUUGACGAAGGGUGCGACACCUUGGACCUGGUGCUGUGGCCACGAUUCGCAGAAUACAACAGCGGCAGCGAGGCGAACAUGCUGGAGGUCCUCGGGGGCCUGGCGGUAAUCAGCCGCGGGACGUUCGAGGCCAAGGUCGAAUUCGCGUUCCGCGUCUUUGACUUUAACGACCAGGGAAGCCUGAGCCACGACGAGGUUUGCGUCAUGCUAUUGACCAUGCUAAGCGGUACCGUGCUCGUGACGCGACGUGGCAACCUUCCUGAGGACGCAGACCUCGAAACACACGCGGAUCACGCAUUUUUGCGCUGCGGCAAAGAUCUGACGAUGCGCGUCGACUUCGUUGAUCUGAUGACCUGGUUCAGGAGCCACAUCAAGGAACUCUGCGAGGACAGGGGCUUCGCUCUCUGCGACUCACCAGAGGCCUUCCUCCGCUGCUUUGACCUCGUGGGCGCGUCCAUGCUAAAAAAAAAGUCGAAGGGAGAUAGAUGGUGA